AUGAAGCUCCUGUCAUGGCCAGCCACCAAUUGGGUCUUGCGACGACCCGGUUGCUUAUCGUCUCCUAGCCUCUUUCGUCCAAGCUUCAACCGCAAAUUCUCCGCAUCGACAACCCAUCCAUACCGCUCCCUAGACGCCCUCGAAGAUGCCCACCUCAAGACUUUCCAACAGCAAUGUUUCCGCCCAGAACAGCCCGGAUUACUCCCGCGCUCUCAGUUCCAUGACCUACCUGCACUGAAGAACUGGUUCCAAAGCCCCUCACCGACCGCCGUGACUCGCCUAAACGACGACUACCUGCGGACACAUGCGGCCGACGCGUUCGUCCCACUCGAACUUACCGAGAAAACCGUCCAACCCCCCAAUAUAAAUGGCGCGAAACUAGAACAGGACGCGACCGAAGCUGUGAGCUUCCGGCAGUUUCACGCGCCGCUUACACUCUUCCUUGACUGGAUGCGCAUGGCAGAGACAUCCCCGCAGUCAGCUCGACUGUAUCUCGCGCAGUGCCAGCUGAUGGAUCUCCCGCCAGUCCUGCGAGAUGACUUUCCAACGCCGCAGAUUGUCGCACAAGCUGGCAAGGGAGAUGUGUACGAUACGAAUGUGUGGAUUGGACAUCCACCUACAUACACUCCGCUCCACCGGGACCCCAAUCCCAAUCUGUUUGUGCAGCUUGCGGGACAGAAGGUGGUGAGACUCCUAGCUCCUGCGGAGGGACAGAAGUUAUUCUCUGCGGUUCGCAGGGAAUUGGGUCAAAGUGGCGGCAAAGAAGCGGCGGCAUUUCGAGGCGAGGAGAUGAUGCAGGGUCAGGAGCGAGCCUUAUUGGAUGAGAUGGUAUGGGGUGUUUCGGCUUCUGCAGGUUCAGAAAGCGGGCAUAAUUACGAAGUACAUCUGGAGGCUGGUGAUGGUCUUUUUAUUCCCAAAGGCUGGUGGCAUAGUAUCAAGGGCGUAGGAGAAGGUGUCACUGCCUCGGUAAAUUGGUGGUUCCGAUAA